CUCAUUCUAACCCUAACUCUACCCAAAAUCUGACGCUAACUCUAACAUGACAUCUACCCUUACCUUACCCCAACCAUAACAGUAAACCUAACUCAGCCCUCAACCUACCCUCACUCUAACCCUAACCCUAACCCUAAUCCUAACGUAACUCUAGCCCUAAACCUAACACUACACUAACUCUAUCCCUAACCCUAACCCAAAUGCCCUAACUCUAAUCCUAACUUGUAACCCUAACCCUAAGCCUCACUCUAACUCUAUCCCUAACCCGUAACCCUAAACCUUAACCUAAACCUAACAGUCACCCUAACCCUAACCUUGACCCUCACCUUAACCCACACCCAAACCUGAUCUCAUAGCUGAACCUUAACCAUAACCACAAUUCCACUCCUACCCCUACCCACGCCAUGUCCCACCCACACCCCACACUGCAGAUGCCCCCCGCCCUGCCCUAUAUGACGGCGACUCUGCCCCACUGAGGGAGUUUGCAUGUGCAAAAUGACACCUGUGCAGCUGUAUGUCUGCACAAAUGUGUGAGUGUUGUGAACACGUGUACUUAGAGCGUAGAACAUGAAGGUGUGCUCUGGGUGCUCAACACCAAAUGUCAUUACACACGUGUAGCAAGUCAUCUGGUCAUAUGCUGUCCAUGUGUCCUGUCACAUAUGCACAAUAAAUGUACGUACACGUGUACUACAUGGUUAACCCUGAGCCUUUGAGUGUGUACGUGUGACACAAUACAUGCACACCAGAGUGUCUACACAACAAUGCACGUCUGUGUCCUUAGCAUGCAGUUCUCAUGUUGGCACUCCAUGUGUGUCACCACUGCAUGCACAUGUCCAUAGCAUGUGCCUGAUGUCAGUACCACAUGUGUGCCACUAAAAAUGUGUGUCCUCAUAGUGUGCCCCAUGUCUGUGUGAGUGUCACUGUGUCCCCAAAGGUCCCUGCUGCUGUCCCCAGUGGGGAUGGCAGAGGAAAGCGCAGUGGGGAUGGAGUGUGGUACCCAAAGCAUGUGGUGACAGCUGGACUUGUUGGAGAACACAUGUAACAUCCCAUGUGGGACAUCCCAUUGCAGUACGUGUCCUGUGUUUAGCAUGCCAUGGGGCACACCUUGCAAGGCCAUGCCCUGGCAGUCCAGUGGGGACAGUGUGUGACACCCAAGCAAUGACAAUCUGCAAAGGGCAACCCAACGGGGACUGUUUGCAUCGCUCCAUGUGUAGCACAUUAUUGGGGACCCCAUGGCGUCACCACCCAUUUGGGCACCACAAUUGCCACAUCAGGAGGUGACAUCACAGCAUCCUGUCCCCAAGAGGAACUGACACCAGCUCUCCAGACUCCACCUGUUCCCACUGCAGUCUCACUGUCCCCAAGCUGCUCCUGCCUCAUGGCACCAGUGGCGCUGGCCCUCAUCCUGGGUUGGUGGCUGGUGGCAGUGAUCAGGGCACAGCACCUGCCCCGACCCUCCCUGUGGCUGCACCCCAGCCAGGGGGUGUCUGUGGGUGACAAUGUCACCCUGCGGUGCCACCUGCCCUGGCCGGUUGCCUGGGUCUGGCUGUACCAGGAAGGAGGUUGGACAUACAGCAAGAGCAAGGACAAGCAGCAGGACGCAGCUGAGUUCUCCUUCAUCAGCACAAGUCGGGAACACGCAGGUACAUAUCGGUGCCAGUACCGGGAGCCUGAGUCAGCAAAGAUAUCAGAGCAGAGUGACCCCGUGCAGCUGGUGCUGACAGAUCACAGCUUCCCACCACCCGGCAUCUCCCUUCGCCCUGAGGAACGUGUGGGGACAGGGACCAAUGUCACCAUCCACCUCUGGAACAAGGGUUUUGAGGCCACCUUCCUCCUGCACAAGGAUGGAUGCUCAGCUCCUGUACAGCACCAGGACUCCAGUUGGGGGGGUGCAGCAAAUUUUACAGUCUUUGGGGUGGCCCCAGCAGAUGCUGGCACCUAUUGGUGUUCCUACCGCCCCUGGCAUUACCCCCAUCUGUCCUCUCCCCUUGGAGACAGUGUGAUGCUGGAGGUAACACCCACACCUGCACCCCCAGGUAAGUCUGAUCCCUUUUUUCAGUGCACCCCCUGCUGUGGAUGGGUGGCUGUCUCACUGCAUCCAGUCUGCAUGGGGGUUGUGGCUGGCAACAGGAACAACCAAACACCCCACAGGUGCCAAAGAAUUGUCCCAUGCAAAUCUGGUGAUAGCACUGGUGAGGGGCUUGGUCGCUGUACUCGUCUUUGGCCUUGGAGUCUUCUUUGUCAUUGAUGCCCGCAGCCUCUGGAGAUGAAGGGAUGAGAGCUCUGGUACCCCCAGUGACAGUGAGCGUCUGACCUGCACCGAGAUUUGUGCUGUGACCCUUUGUGCUUGGCCACCCAGGGCACCUGCCACUGCUCAGCCCCCCAUUAACUACAGCAAAGUGGGCACUGGGGGACCACACUGAUAUCCCCACACCCCCAAUGCCUCUUUUUUUAGGUGCACUGAAAUAGACAGACCACAGAUUCCCCCAACUGGAGCUCCCUGAAACUCUGGUCCCCUCCCUUACACUCCCAAAUCCCAGUGAAUCCAACAUCCCCGAAUCCUCACCUGUGCACCUUGUCUCAUUCCCACACACCAAAUCCCUCAAUUCUCCACUCUAACCCCCACAUCCUCCCUGAUCCGCAUCAAAUCCCAUAACAUCCCUGGAGAUUCCAAAUCCUCUUCAAUCCAGCCCAAGUGCAAAACCAUUCCUACGGGACCCCAAAUCCUUCCCAAUCCACUCCUACCAGUACCCAUUAACCGCACACCACGUGUCAUCAACCUCCACUUCGAUCCCCUGUAGAUUCCUCCAGGUGUCUCCUGCCUGCCCUUCAGUCCUGCUCUCAGCAUCAGUCGGUGGGUUUGGAACCACUGCCUUGUGCAUCACUUUGUAAAUAUAUACCUGUGUUAUCCUGAUAUCACCCACUGUUGUAACGCGGAAGGCCCUUCCCCAUUUGCUUGCUAUUGGUUGACCUACUUUACUUGAACCUGUGACGUAGGAUUAAGAGGCUGUACUUCUUUGUUUUCAUAACAAUGUGCAUGACCACUCUGUAUAUGGCUUUUCGAAAGUGAGUGGCCAGAGCGGGAUAUUCAAUAUGAUUGGCCAGGAGCCCGCGUGAGCUUCUGGAACAGUCUAGUAAACGAUAAGAAAUACUAUAUGGUUCUGUAGCUUUUACCAAUAAACGCCAUUUUGCUGCUCAUCAUAUUGAUGUGUAAAGUGCAGUUAUUGGCCAGGACUGGGUUUGGGUUCUCUGCAUGCAAGGGUAAUACGAAAAGGGUCGCCAGAGUUUGGUAAAACCCAUCACCAU